UGGAGGUGGAUCUAGGGGAUGGGCCAUGGGGCAGGGAUCUGGGAUGUGGAUCUAGGGAACGUGGGGCAGGGAUGGGGGGUGUAUCUAGGGGACAAGGUGCAGGGGGCUCAUCCUUGUUAUCAUUCCAGCCCCAGUUGAGAUGCCUCCCUCCUCCACCCCUCACUGAGCCGGCACCAUGGAUCCGGUGGACACCCUGGCACUGGCCAUCUAUUCCGUCACCAUCCUGCUGGGCCUGCCCGCCAACAUCUUGGCGCUGUACAUCUUCUACCACCGCGCCCGCGCCCGCCUCACCCCCAAUCUCAUCUACAUGAUCAACCUCUGCCUCUCGGACCUAGCCUUCAUCCUCAUCCUGCCGCUCAAGAUCCUGGAGGUUGUUCCGCCAGGCUGGUCCCCAACAAGCUUCCUCUGCCCCCUCUACAGCCUGGCCCACUUCGGCACGGUCUACGCCAGCACCUGCUUCCUGACGGCGGUUAGUGCCGGGCGCUACUUGGGCGCCGCCUUCCCCAUCCGCUACCAGCUCUACAAGAAGCCCCUUUACUCCUGCCUGGUCUGCGUGGCCAUCUGGACCCUGGUGGCCUUUCAUGGCAUCCUGCUGCUCAUCCUGGAGACUUCGCUGGGCGCCAAUGCCACCCUCUUUAUGGGCAACGGCAGCGCCUGCUACCAGGAGUUCAGUCCAGAGCAGCUGGCCCUGCUGGCUCCUGUCCGCUUGGAGCUCUCCGUAGCUCUGUUUUUCCUGCCCUUGGCGAUCAUGGUCUUCUGCUACGCUAGCUGCAUCCAUGUCCUCAUCAAGUCCCGUCUCCACGAGCAGAAGAAGCGCCGGGAGGUACGGCUGGCUGUGGCCACGCUCUCUGUCUUCGUGCUCUGCUUCGGGCCCUAUAACCUGUCCCACGUGGUGGGCUAUGCCCGCAGCGAAGAUGUCUGGUGGCGCAGGGUGGCACUGCUGCCCAGUGCCUGCAACGCCUUCCUGGACCCGCUCAUCUUCUACUUCCUCUCCUCGGCCAAGGACCAGGGCUUGGCCUGGGUGUGGCGCUCAAUGGGGCAGCGUUGCAGCUCCUUCUGGCAGAAGAUGACCAUGGCUCACAAGGAGGCAGGCAAGGGGCAGCCGGAGAAGGGGGCUGCAUCGCUGGGAAGUACAGGCCCUGAGGUGGGGAGCUGCAAGUGACCAUGGGACAAGGAGACACCAAACUCUGUUGGGAAAGGAUUUGGGGAGAUUGGCAACUUUGGAUGGGCUGUGGGACCCAGCUGCUCAUGAACCUUAAAAAUUCCCCACGGGGCUGGGAAAUUCGUGACCAUUACAGAUUCCCCAUGGCACCCGAAACCUCCAAUCUUGGAUAGGACGCAGGACCAAGGAUCAGGAAAUUCAUGGUCUUUACAGAGUACCCGACCCUUGGAUGGCACGUGAGUCCAAGAACCUGGCCUAUCCGUGGGUCAGUACAAAUCCCCCUUAGGACAAGGAGGCGUCUGGUUUUGACAAGACUAGGGGGUGAGGUAGCCGUUUUCCACUGAGACAUGGGUGCAUGGUAAUGACCUUGACCAUUGGUGGUCUUGAAAGACCCCUUAGGAUGCGGACAUCCCUGACUAGGCUGGGACGGGGGGUAAGGAGAUGCCAGGUGGAUGUGAUGGCAGGGUCCAAAUUUCUUGUGGUCAUUUCAUACCCCCAUGGGAUGGAUCCUGCUGUGGGAGAUUUGGAUAUAGAGGAUGAUCCAGACCCCCUCACCCCCACAGGGCGAAAUAGACUGUACGGCUAACCCUGCUACUGGGGAAAUAGACUAAACUCCGUCCUGUAGAUCUGCAUUGGGUGAGCCAGUCUAUGAAGUGUCACUGUGCAGUUAUUUCCCAGCUGCCCUGCCCCAGAGGUGGCUGCAUUUUGGCACUGAGGCCAUGAUUCCUACCCUUUGUGGAUGGAGGGUGCUAGAGAUAUAUCCAAGGUAACUGGGAGAUCUGUGUAACUUGGACGUAGAAAUAUUCCAAAACACCGUUCAGGGGGAAUCCUAAAUCUCCUGUCAAUAAAGUCCCAGCUCCUGCAGGAAUGUCCCAGGACAGAUCAAUGAGUUAAUAGGAACAGAGUCAAUGGAGCCAGAUCCCAGCUGGUGUCAAUGGGCUGUAGCUACAUUGGAGUCAGUGGGGCCAGACUCCCAAGCUGGGGCCAAUCGGGAUCACCCAGGGGUCUCACCACUCCUCCUGAGUGCUGACUCUUUUGCCCAGUGGCUGUAAAUUGCAUUCCACUAACG